AUGGUUAAAUAUGGUUAUGUAAGGAAGGAAGGCAGCCAGUUUAGGAGCAAGCAAAAUCAACAGCAACCCGACAGCAGGAUCACAGUCAGGAUGGCUACACUGGACUUCAAGGCGCUGACAGCACCAGUGGGCAUUUUGAGGAUACUGGAGGUCAUCUUCACUUGUAUCACUUUCAGCUUGGUUGCAUCAGUGGGCCACACGACUGACUCGUUUUGGACAUGGUGCAUGUUCUCUUGGUGCUUCUGCUUCUGUGUCACCAUCCUCACACUGGUCCUGGAAUUCACCAGCCUCAGCUCAAAGCUGCCCAUCUCCUGGGAUGAUUUUACCACUUCGUUUGCCAUGUUGGCUACCCUAAUGGUGCUCACAGCAUCGAUCCUCUACUCCAUCUUCUUCACCUGUGCUAGUUGUGGCAGACAGAUUGCCGCCUGCGUUCUCUCCUUCUUGACCUUCAUCCUGUAUGCUGUUGAGAUUGGACUGACUCGGGCCAAACCUGGUGAAAUCAGUGGAUUUCUCUCCACUGUGCCGGGCCUGCUCAAAGUUCUGGAGGCCUUUGUGGCCUGCGUAAUCUUUAUCUGUUUGUACUACAUCAACUACACAUUAUAUCCAGGUCUUCAGUGGUGUGUUGCCGUGUACUCCAUUUGUUUUAUUUUUGCGCUCCUUAUCAUUCUUUUAACUAUCGGCCGCCUGCUGUCCCGCUUCCCUGCACCUUUCAACAAGGUUCUGAUAGUCUGCAAUGUACUGGCCGUGCUGAUGUACAUAACAGCUGCCGUCAUCUGGCCCUUCUACUGCUUCAGGAACAUUCCCAGACCAAGCUACUGCCCAGUGAACUGUGGGUGGAAUUUGCUAGUUGUUAUUUCUUUUAUGACCUUUUUUAACCUGAUUGCUUACAUUGUGGACACAGUGUAUUCUUUCAAGCUGGUCUUCUUCCCCACUGAAACAUAAUCACAUUGUUGUAUUGAUUUGAAUGUGAAGGUUUUGUUUCUGUUGUGAUUUUGCUUUUGUCAAAACUAAAUAAAUGAAGCAUAAGUUCUA